AUGCGCGCGCGUUUGUGUUGCAGGUACAGAGUUCAACACAGCUACCUUCCUCAACAUUCCGACGAAUUGCAAUUGACUAUCGGGGACAUAAUCAAGGUAACAGAGAAAUGUGAUGAUGGUUGGUGGGUUGGUGCCGCAAAUUCAACAAACAAGUUUGGUCUCUUUCCGGGCAACUAUGUUAAGCCUUUGUGA